AUGUCAAAAGAUCUCUCAAGCGUCCGCCAGGCCUUGGACCAUGCGCGCAACUGCGAAGAUGGCGCCGUGGAUCAACAAACCACUUUGGUGCUCGAAAAUGCAAUCACUGAUCUCUGGACGCGCAUCCAAGCCGAUCCAGACCAUUAUGUGCUGACUCCCGAUGAGUUUGCGCUCUUCAAUUACUUUAUGGAACGGUAUCGUGGCUCAACUGUCGCGAAGCGGGCCGUCGAACGAUUCUGGAACAAUUACCGAGGCGGGACGAACGCUGGAGCAAAGAAUUAG